AUGGGGGGGGGGGGUCACGCCGUGGCCCUGUCCCGUGCAGUCACCGUGGCUGGUGUGGGCAGCGGGGCAGGGGCGUCCCUUUGCCCCCACGAGGAGCCCGGCAGCCCGGGGCCACCAUCAGCCACUGGCAGGGUCACCCAUGGCCGGUGCUCCCCAGCUUGGGGGUCAGGGGUCUGCAGCGUGACCUGGGGGCUGCAGCGUGGGGGUACCCAGCUCAGGGGCCAGGCCAGUCUCCCCGCCAGCCCCUGCCCACCCUCGGGGAGCAGCAUCCCCCUGAGCCCGGUGCCGCAGGCUCAAACAUUAACCGGGGGCAGGUUAACUGGUGACCGAUUGCCCCCGCACCGGCUGGCGCAGGCUGAGCCGCCCCCGGCGGGGAUAAAGCCGGGGGUCCCGGCGGCCGCCCCAGAGCCCUUGUGCCCACCGCCCCUCGCCACCGCCGGCAUGAGGAGCCUCCGGGCGGUGAGUACGGGCAGGCGGGACCCCGAGCCCCACACCUCGGGGUCAGACCCAUCUGCAUCGCCCCACACGUCGGGGUCAGACUCCUGCAUGUCUCCCCACACCUCAGGGCUGGCCCCCCACACGCAUCGCCCCACGCCUCGGGGUCAGACCCCACUGGCAUGUCCCCACGUGUCGGGGUGCAGGUCCGCCCGGCCUUCACGGAACACCUUGUCCCUGGGUGUUUUCACUCUCUGUCCCACGGCUGCCAGACCAGGCGCAGGAUCCGGCCCCGCUGACCGAGCCCGACCUUUCUCGCUGCAGGACGCUGACCCCUCCGAGGAGCCCAAGUCCGGCAAGACCAAGUCCGAGUAUCGAAACUACACGGAGGGGAAGCUGCUGGACCGUGUCUACAACACCUACCUGCUGAUGCACACCCACCAGACCGUCGACUUUGUCCAGAAGAAGAGCGCCGAGUACGGGACCUGCUCCCAGCGCAAGAUGAGCGCCAUGGAGGCACUGGAACUGCUGGACCAGCUGGUGGACGAGUCCGACCCGGACGUGGACUUCCCCAACUCCUACCAUGCCUACCAAACCGCCGAGGGCAUCCGCCGGGCCCACCCUGACAAAGACUGGUUCCACCUCGUGGGGUUGCUGCAUGACCUGGGGAAGGUCCUGGCACUUUUCGGGGAGCCCCAGUGGGCCGUGGUGGGGGACACCUUCCCGGUGGGCUGCAAGGUGCAGAGGUCCGUGGUCUUCGGGGACUCCACCUUCCACGACAACCCCGACACCAGAGACCCCCUGUACAGCACCGAGUACGGGAUGUACCAGCCUCACUGCGGCCUGGAGAACGUCCUCAUGUCCUGGGGACACGACGAGUACAUGUACCGAGUCAUGAAGUUCAACAACUUCGCCCUGCCCAAGGAGGCUUUCUACAUGGUCCGCUUCCACUCCUUCUACCCCUGGCACGCACACGGGGACUACCUGCACCUCUGCACCGAGGAGGACCUCCGCAUGCUGCCCUGGGUCAGGGAGCUCAACAAGUUCGACCUCUACACCAAGCAGGAGGAGCUGCCCGACGUGCAGCAGCUCCGGGGCUACUACCAGUCCCUGAUCGACAAGUACUGCCCCGGGCAGCUCUGCUGGUGAGCGGGGACCCCC